AUGUCGAUGACAUCAUCCAAGCAUGUCUUCGGUUCCUACGGCAUCCUGGCGUUGCUCUUCUUCGCCGCGGCUCUUGUUACAGCGGAUCUUUCCGCUGAAUUCUACGAUGAAACCUGCCCUGACGCUCUGGACAUCAUCGAGGACGCCGUGAGAGCCGCCGUCUCCAAAGAAUCCCGCAUGGGCGCGUCACUGCUCCGCCUCCAUUUCCACGACUGCUUCGUCAAUGGCUGUGACGGGUCGGUGCUGCUCGAUGGCGCCACCGGCGAGAAGAAUGCGGUGCCUAACAAGAACUCCCUUCGCGGCUUCGAGCUGGUCGACGACAUCAAGGCGCAGCUCGAGAAAACAUGCGCCAAGGUGGUCUCCUGCGCCGACAUCCUCGCCGUCGCCGCCCGUGACUCCGUUGUCGCGUUGGGCGGGCCUACCUGGGACGUGGAGCUAGGCAGAAGGGACGGAACGACGACGAGCCAGGACGCCGCGAACAGCGACCUCCCGGCGCCGACCUCCGACCUCAGCGCCCUGACCAAGGCAUUCUCAACCAAGGGCCUCACCCAGAAGGACAUGGUGGCGCUCUCCGGCGCGCACACCAUCGGACAGGCUCGGUGCGUCAACUUCCGCGGCCGCCUCUAUAACGAGACCGCGCCCAGCCUCGACGCGACGCUCGCCACGUCGCUGAAGCCGAGGUGCCCGUCCACGGACGGCACCGGCGACGACAACACCUCGCCGCUGGACCCCUCCACGUCCUACGUGUUCGACAACUUCUACUACAAGAACCUCCUGCGGAACAAGGGCCUGCUGCACUCGGACCAGCAGCUGUUCAGCGGCGGCGGCUCGGCCGACGCGCAGACCACCGCCUACGCAUCCGGCAUGGGCGCCGGCUUCUUCGACGACUUCCGCGACGCCAUGGUGAAGAUGGGCGGCAUCGGCGUGCUCACCGGGUCGAGCGGGCAGGUCAGGGUGAACUGCAGGAAGGCCAACUGA